AUGCCUAACUCUUUACCCUGGGUUAUGGAUCCAGGUGCAUCUUCCAGCUAUGGUCAGGCAGAGCCUAGGGAGCAGCGUGGUCAGAUCCAAACCCGCAGCCUUUCGCCAUAUCUAGACACCAAUUCUAUAUCCUGGUCAGCUUCCCCAAUUCGCCAUUCCUCCAAGUUUCAAGAUUACCAUGGGGUUGAACUAGAUCCUGCCAUGGACGCAUUCUUCAAGAACAAACAGCUAGAGGAGCAAGCCCAGGCCGAAGCUAUCAAGAAGUCCAUCGCUGACAAGCUUGCUAAAUCGGACCAAAACUUAAAGGACAUUAAAGUAAUGAGGCGGGACACUAAGACUAGCAAAAUCAUUCCGUAUGCGGCUACACAGAGUAUCACACAGUUGGCUCCGUAUUUCAAUGCGACCCAGGGCGAGCUUCUAGACGUGAUCAAGAGCAAUCAUGAAUUCCGCAAGGCGACUGGUCGACUCCAGCGCGCCUAUUUUUCCCGCUUUGGCAACGCUAAAGGACCCAACCUGCAGACAGUUCUUAACACCAUUGCGGAUGACCGACGCCAGAGGACUUAUCGUUUUAAAGGCACGCUGAUGAAGUUCCAUAAUUUUAAAAUGCUGUCAGAAGUUAAGAUGUAUGCUUCCACGCUAAGGGUGGUUAUGUUUAACCUCUUCAAACAAGCUAACGGGCCCUUCCACAGUCACAGUAUUCUCGAGACCCUUGUCCCCAAACGGGCAUGGAAUCUCAUCAAGUGUUUCAAGCGGCUUGGUAGCCGGGCCAAGAAACGAGCAGCUAACUCCAAGCCUCGCGGUGGCAAUCGCGUUACUGCGGAUACUAUUGCGGCCAAUGCCUUGAAUCCUGAGAUCUCGCGUGUGGGAACUCCAGAGGCUCACGCUAGACUGACCCAAUUAAGGAGGAGUGGCCGCGCCAAGGCUGCGAAACAGAUCAAGGCGCUCAGCAGUAAACAGGUCCCCAAGGAAUACGCCGUCCACCCCACUGAGCCAGAAGAAGCACUUGAUGUAUUUGAGCCCAGUCUGGGUUCUAAUUCCAAUUCACAUUCACAUUCAGAUUUAGAUUCGAAAUCGGAUUCAGAUUCAGAUUC